GUUGGCAGUUGAAAUCUUAGCGAGUGCUUGAAUUUCUGGAGAAAGUGUGAAUAUCUUCUUACCACCAAGUCCUGCAAUUACCUUCCAAACAAGUACCUAACUAGAACUACAUGUGAAAGCAAAUUAAAAUGUGAUUACUAAUGUAGUAAAGACUCGCAGAAUACGAUUCACCAGAAGAAAGAUGGCGACCGUCGCAAAAGGUGCUCCUCCUCAGCAUGUGCGGGGUGCUGAUGUUGCAUGCUCUCAGGGAAGCGUGUCACGGUGGAAAGAAAGUCGGCGAUCCACGCGCCAGUCGGAAACUACACGGCCAUCGAUCUAUUUUGCGUAUGGAUCGACGACGCUCAAAAACAGUGACGUCGAAAGCAAAGCUGGGAGUGCAAAAAGCACACCAGGUUCUCCUGCGCAUGAUGCGGCGGAGCAAACAGCGGGAUGGAUCAACACGCGUGAUCACAUGAAUACCCACUCUGUUAUGAACAGUAGGUCUCGCCUCAAGCUUUUGCUUCUCUCGACGUUUGUUCCUUCUACAAAAUCUCUGAAGAUGCCGUAAAUUUCCUUUCAUUCUGGGAUUCUUGCAGACUAUGGUUCUUGGUCUGCGAACGGAAUCCUGAAAUUUCUAUGAGAGCAAGAGCUCUUCUAACAGCAGCGCCAAAAGCACUAUGGCAUUGCCCACUAGGAAUUUUCUGCACAAGGCGGACGCGUCCACUUCGUCAUACAAGGGAGUGAGCUUGACAUCCAAGAAGAGGGCAUCUUUUCUCUGCGAGGUAUGUUUCCACUACAGUUCAGCCGUGCUUGCACUCGUGUGUGUGGCCGCUCAAUGCGCAGCCGUUUUCUUUCCGGAGGACGUACCACAAAAACUCGUGUGGGUACCACUCGUCGUGCUUGUCCUUCUAGCGGGCAUAUGGCACCCAAAAUGCAGCUCUCAGGACCCGGAGACAGUACUAUGAUUUCCUUGCCCAACAUUUAUUUGACGUCGAAAAAAUAAGAAUGCAAUUAUGAAGUCGGCGCUUACGGUAUUAUUCUAGACGAUGCCCUGCUUGCUAUAUAUUUAUAAUAUUUAUAUUAUUGCGGAAUUGAGCUGCGCGCUGUGGCUGUCUGAUAUUGUAUUCGAUGUGGAUGCAUGCAACACAUGCACAGCACAACUGACUUGGUCCUCCAGCAUACUUAGAUCCAGCGUCCCAUGUUGUCAGUAUUUGAAGUCAGAAUUGCGAUCAACCUCUCUCCCAAGAAUCCUUCAGAUACGGCUGCUACCGGUUACUGGAGAGCAUCGCGACGUAUCUUCUGCCGCGCAUCGCUACCUUGCUUCGAACUCGUGGGUACUUUCUCUACGCAAAAGCUUCGGAAUGUUUUUGGUGUUUUCCGCUUUCUUUCCUACGGCAGAACAACAUGACCUCUAGUAGGCUAAUGCUAUAUAAUUGCCGCACAGAUGAAUCAGAAUAAGAAUUCAAAUACAUGAAGAUGAGUUCUUUACUCAUUUGGUGUUGUUUCGUUUUGGGAUCAAUUCGGCGAGUAUUCUGACUGCGACUCCAUUUGAGUAGCUAGAAGAGGUACUUGUGCACAGGAAGAGCCAAGGUCUUGUCUUCUUCGAGAGUAGCUCCUCUAACGUCCUGCUGUUGGUAACUGUCGGCCGACAUCUUGGAGACCGCAAGCGCUUGCAUUGGGAAGCAAUAGCUGUAGCAUUGGUGCAGAAGAUGUUUGGGGCCUUUGUGCAAGUGUCCCUCGCCUCCUCGUACGAUGACGACUGAACCCCAGGUCAGAGAUAGUAUGCGAUGAAUUUAUGUAGUUCAAAAUUUUCGUCCCUGGCGAUGAUGCGACUGAAGGCAUUUUCCAUCUCCUCCUUAGGUCGUGAAAUCAUCUCACAGUUCUUAUGGUCAAGAUCAGGGGCUUCGGGCCGCAUAUUAUAAUUUCUCUAGAAAUGCUGACAUAGUAAAUGUGAAAAAGUAAGAAGAAGGACAUUGUAGCUCUAGUGCGUCGAAGAGAUGCAGUGAUUUUGCCGUCCCAAAGGUGCAACAUACUCUCUGAGAAUAAAUCUGAUAAAACAACAAUUUUUGAGAAUCCGGCAUCGUCUGAAUUACCUUCCUCUAUCUUCAUACACCUAGCUUGCUGCAACAGCAAAAACAGGAGGACU